CAUUCCAUAAGCCUUUUCAAACUCAAUUAAUCAAAACUAACAGAAUUAUAAAAAUGGCAUUCCGUAUUAUUGCUGUGCUCAGUGUCCUGGUCGUCUUGGCCCAAGGACAUCAAAUUCCUUCUGCUGGUCAAGCAUCAACCGUGGGAUCUCGCAACUCCGGUGUCCUUUCACCUGGCUCUGGUGGUUUACCUGCCGGUUCUCUAGGCGGCUAUCGACCUGUCAUUGGAUCAGCUAUACCCCAGCCUCAGCGUCCUGUGUCUGGAUCCCGGCAUCAAGGUGCUCUUCCAGCUGCUGCCCUUGGAAUCGGAUCUCGCCCUCGCCACGCUGCAUCACCAGUUUCAGCCAUUCGUCAGCCUCAGGGUCCGCAUGGAAAUGUUCACCAGAAUAUCUAUCGCCAACAGAAACCCUACUAAGACUACCCUCCACCCAUUGAACCGAACACUCAAGCGAACUAUGUAUAUG